AUGACCACCCCCUUCCGUGAACGUGACAAUCGGAAGUUGCUAAACCUUAUCACCACCAAAGAACCGUUUGUGCAUGAUGCCACGACCAAAAAGUUUGCCACGGUCAUGAAGAGCGUUACCGCGGCCUUCAACACUAACCGCACGGAUAGUGUCACGACCGCCCAGAUUCUUGAAAAUAUCGAGCUGACGUACCAAAAGGUUGCUGCAGUUGAGUCAGGGGAAUUAAAGGACGUGAAGCUCCGGCCAUCCGACCAGCCAAUGUACACCGAAGUGCACGCCCAGAGGAACGGCGAGGAGGAAGAAACUGCUGAGGAGAAGGACCAAAUUGAGGGCUCUCAGCCGUCCCAAAAAUCUGCAACUAAAGGAACGAAACUCCUGGCUGCCCGAUCGUUUAACCUGAAGUUACCGGAUGUCGGCACAGAGAGGCCGGGAUCUGAAUCAGACAAUGACGCUGAGCCUUCAAAAGACAACCAUACGCCAAAAAGAGUGCCAGUCAGAAAUACGCGCUCAACAAAAAGCCUGUCUUCCAAAGGAACGCUCAGAAACGGGCCCCAGAACACGAGGAGGUCGACCCGUCUGCAAUCAGCAGCGACAACGUCCUCAAACGCAAAAGUGAAAAAACGUAUUGCAAAGGCCGUAUCGAAAAAUGCAGCCCCGCCAGAGGCUCUCGAACCGCCACCAAAGAAACCAAAGACUGCUCACACGCACGCUUUGCUUUUAAUGGCGCUAGGAAAAACCAAGAUCAAAGCCAGUAACAAAAAAGUCAUCAAGGUACUAGAAAAAAUGGUAAAGAGCGGCAGUGCGCAAUUGAAGGAGGAAAAGAUCAGGCAAAAGGAAGCCGCCCGAUACCGCACUUUGUUGCUUGAGCAAAAUGACUUGCUUUUGAAAAGAAACCAAGAGCAGCACCAUCGUUUCCUUGAGCUCUUGAACGAUCCGAAGGAAUAG